UAUCUCAUUCUUUCGCUUUGAUUCCCUUCACGUCCGUCAAGUCGAUCUGUCACGGUCAAAAAUUCUUGUACUUGCUCCGCUUGGAUUGGACAUUUUUGUCCAAAAUCUGAGUUACAAAUUUAGCUGAGCAUCUGAAGGGAAACAGCUGUUUAUUUAUCACCGUUUCUGAAAUAUUAUACUUUUAACAUUUAAGUUGUUAUUAUAGUUUGCAUAAUGUGCAUACCAAUAACACUACUGCGUUAGCUAUUGUUACAAAACACCACAUUAUAAUGGUGUAAGUAAAUAGAGAUUGUAAAUAAAUAGAUAGAUUGCGAGAUGGAGUACUCGCCAGAGAACUUGGAGUACGCGGUGUCGGUGUUUUACAAUGGCGAGCAGGCCGACCGGACGAAGGCUCACGCCUGGCUGACCGCCGCUCAGCGCGUCCCAGAAGCCUGGAAAUUCGUCUGGGAACUGCUACAACCCAACAAGGGGACGGAGAUCCAGUUCUAUGCGGCUACCACACUGCACACAAAAAUACUACGCUGUUGGAAUGAAGUGCCGCCAGAAAGCCAUGAUGAAUUGAAAGAGAAACUACUGCAAGCCGUCUACACUUAUAGCAAAGGGCCAAAAAUAGUAACCAACAGAUUAUGUAUAAGUCUAGCAGCAUUUAUUCUUCAACAAGGGACAACUGACUUGGCAGCAAUAUUGCGACCACUCUCGGCCGCUGAAAACACAUCAUUAUUAUUAGAAGUGCUGACUGUUAUACCAGAAGAGUAUAACAGCAUGACAAUGGGUACGGCGCUCCGGACAAAGAAUAGAAACGCAUUGACUCAGGCUUGUCCUGCUGUGCUAGAUGACUUACUGCGGUACCUGCAGUCUGCAUACAACCAAUACUCAACCCCGCCGCCUGACUCUGAAGUUCAGCUCUGGCUCUCAGCGGCCACCUGCGCCGCAAGUUGGUUGGCUUUGAACGAGGACGGCGACAGCGGGCCGCUUCCCGAUCGCCUGCCGCUGUGCGGCGCGCUGCUCGCCGCCGUGCGCGUGCUGUACACAUGGAAUGAAGCCGUCAGCGACGUGGCCCUGGACGUGUGCGAGGCGUGUCUCAGCGCCGUGCGCGCCGCCGCCGGUCCUGACUCGGCGCGCCAGCCCGCCGCCGCGCUGCAACUCAUAGAACAACUAUCUGCCUUAGCUGCGCCAGUGUUCCAGCGGGACAACCGGCCAGACUCCAUCAACGAGGAGCUGUUAUCAGCACUGAUCACCUGCCUAGUUGGCGUGGGCGAGACGCACGCGGGCGCCAUCGUGCGUGCCGUGGAGGCGUCACCAUCAGCCCCCGCGAGGCAGCUGCUCGAGCUGCUGCUGUGCGCGCAGGCCGCGCCCGGACACUACCCGCAGCACGAGGCGCGCUCCAACCUCGUGUUCGGCUUCUGGUACACGCUGCAGGACGAGAUCCUCAACGUGAUGGAGACGACUAGCCGAAUAACCCCAGUAUGGCGCGACGUGUUUUCGCGUCUCCUGACCAUUCUAGUCGCCAAGAGCGAAGCACCACCCGACUCGGCAUUGUCACGAGAUGACCAAGAGUUACUCCGAUGUUAUAGACAAGAUAUAGCAGAUACUGUGAUGUACUGCGUCGGCAUUCUCGGAGACUGGUGCUGGACGACAGUGGAAGCGGCUUGGGACGCAGCUGACACCCCACUCAGAAAAGAGGCCGCUCUUCACGUGUUCCUUGCCCUGGCCGACAGUGCCCCGCACCGGCGGGCGCCCGACCCCAUACACAACAUGUUGGGACAUGCUGUGGAGGCAGCUAGGACUGAACGCGGCAGGAUGCUAGAAACCGCACUGGACUGCCUGGGUGAGUGGUAUCUUUCCAGAAAAAUUAUAGUUAUAGAGAAAGGGAUUGCGUCGGCGGCGGCGCUGGCGCUGCGCAAGCUGUGCGCCGACUGCACCGCGCCCGCCGCCGCGCUCGCCAUGGACAUCGUCACCGCGGCGCAGUGUAGAGGCGCCGCGCUACAAGCGUGCGUGUCGGCGGCGGCGCUGGCGCUGCGCAAGCUGUGCGCCGACUGCACCGCGCCCGCCGCCGCGCUCGCCAUGGACAUCGUCACCGCGGCGCAGAGCGAGCAAGCACGAUCUGAAGCGUGGGUGCGACGACAACUGCUCAGCGCAGCGGGCUCGGCGCGCGCCGCAGACCCCGAAGUGGCAACGCCGCUGCUGCAUGAGCUCGCAACGUCGCUCGCCGCGGAUUUACGACGGCAGGCGGAAGAUCCAGCAAGAGCUUCGGGGGCCGCAGAGUGUGCGGCAGCCCUAAUGGCAGCGUUACCAGCACAACCCGUACUAUGUCUGUCGCUAUGCCAGACCCUCCUGCCCAAUCUUACUGCCUUCGCGUGUCCACCGCUUGUAGAGCCAAUGUUCCACGUCCUCAAGCAAACGGUGUCAUCUCUAAUGGACGAAUGCCGGCCGCUAGUAGACGCCAUUGGUCAGCUCACCGCCGCCGGGUUCCGUGCUCAACCCACUGCCGCGGGGCUCGACGUCGUCAAACUGUUGGUGAUAGUCUUCGGCAACGAGUACCCAUCAAUGCCAGCGCUAUUCCACUCAAGUAUAGCGCUAAGCGCACACCGCGUGGCGUCGGAGCCGGCCGGCGCGCCCGACCUCACCGAGGCGUUAUUCGCCGUGCUGCGUCAAGUCACCAAGAAGAAGCCCGCUUAUAUCGACUGGAUCGACGAUCUACUGUCUGAACUAGUCGAGCUAGGUAGCGAAUGCGUGCGUAUGUGGGAGGCCGGCGCUGCUCGCUCGGCGUGCCUGUGGCUGGGCUCGCUGGCCGCCGUGCGCCCGCAGGCGCUGCAGCCGCACGCUCCGCUGCUCACGGCCGCGGCGCUGCGGUGUAUAGGUGGCGCCACACCCCGCAACCAGAUCGAGCCUCUCGCUGAACUGCUGCUAGCGUUAAAUCGAGCAGCUUUCGACGGCGGAGACCUGUCCGCGUGGCUGCGGCAGGCUCUCGCUGUCAACGGCUUCCCGACACAGCACGCUACAGAACCCAGCAAGAAGAAAUUCAUAGCUGCCGUCAUCAAAGAAAAAAGCAGUAAACGCCGCCUACUAGAGUCCGUGCAAGAAUUCUCUCUCGUGUGCCGUGGGCUUGUCGGCACGGAGUACGCACGACAGUCGCUCGCCGCUAAGCAGCUCGUGUCCUGAGCUGAACUGUGUCCGUUCUAAUGUUUUACCUAGUCUAUCCUUGGGCUAACACUCCACGGUAGCAUUGAUGAGCAUCGAGUGAACAUAAAGUAAACUUAACAAUGACGGCACGCCGUACAUAGAAUGCGAAGCACGAAGAAUUUCGAUCAUAUGUAAAUCGCACAACUGUCCUGCUACAGUGUCAUUGAUCAUUGGGACAUGAAGAGGCGGGUAAAGGUAUGUACAGGUAAUAUCAUGGAACUUGGCACGAAUAGAAUAAACGAAACUGAUUAUAUGAGUGACACCUGUAUCUAUUGUACAGUUGUAACUGUCAAGAGCCACUAUUUUAUUUAUUGGUUAAUUUGUUACACACAGAUAUUUUCACUCGCUCAUUCAUUUAAUUCGUGCCUCUUGUGAAUUGACCUGUACGAAAUUCUUUAUGCUUAACGUCAAUCUGUAAGAUAAGGUGCUCAAUUAUCUCAAGUUGUAAUAAUUUGUGGUGUACGACUACUGGUAACUUACCGACACAUAAGCUUGAAAAUAAUGGAAGUAGCUCUUUCAAGAAACGUUAAAAACUGAGUAUUGGCAUAAAAUUAACUAACAAAUCAACCUUAUUUGGUUGCUACUACCUCUUUUGUAGUAAGAUUCAUCAUCGCUCAGUUUUGUGGUUGGUUGUCAUCUGAAGUUAUGACCUUGAAUAACGUUACACAUCUAUAGCCUGAAUCAGGGUGAUUAUAAUUGCCCGAGGAUACAGUAAUAGGUGCGUUUGCCAUUCAAUGCUGAUGUUUCCUAGCUUGAUUUUUGUCUAGAUCUGUUAUUAUUAAUAGCAUGAGCUACGUUUUCGCACGCGACCCUGAUGUGUGUAGUACAUAAAGGUAAAACAUACAUACAUUGGUAUUCAAUAUAAAACGACAUUUAUCUUGAUGAUAAAUAUGUUAAGAGAAAUAAGGUUUUUUAGUUCCUCCAUUACGGUUCUAUAGAACAAAAAUGUAAAAAAAUAGGUAGU